CCUGCGCUCAGACACAUUACGCCAGAGCAAGAUGGCCGACACAGCGGCUUCAGCCGGGGCUGGCAGCUCCGGAACGAGAUCAGGAAGUAAACAGUCCACUAACCCUGCUGAUAACUACCAUCUGGCCCGGAGGCGAACCCUGCAAGUGGUGGUGAGCUCCUUACUGACAGAGGCAGGGUUUGAAAGUGCCGAGAAAGCGUCCGUGGAAACAUUGACAGAGAUGCUGCAGAGCUACAUUUCGGAAAUUGGGAGGAGUGCCAAGUCUUACUGUGAGCACACAGCCAGGACACAGCCCACGCUGUCGGAUAUCGUGGUCACACUUGUUGAGAUGGGUUUCAAUGUGGACACUCUCCCUGCUUACGCAAAACGGUCUCAGAGGAUGGUUAUCACUGCCCCUCCAGUGACCAAUCAGCCAGUCACCCCCAAGGCCCUCACAGCAGGACAGAACCGGCCCCACCCACCACACAUCCCCAGCCAUUUUCCUGAGUUCCCAGAUCCCCACACCUACAUCAAAACUCCGACCUACCGUGAGCCUGUGUCAGAUUACCAGGUCCUGCGGGAGAAGGCUGCAUCCCAGAGGCGCGAUGUGGAACGGGCACUUACCCGUUUUAUGGCCAAGACAGGCGAGACUCAGAGCCUUUUCAAAGAUGAUGUCAGCACGUUUCCAUUGAUUGCUGCCAGACCAUUCACCAUCCCCUACCUGACAGCCCUUCUUCCAUCUGAGCUGGAGAUGCAACAAAUGGAAGAGACGGAUUCUUCAGAGCAGGAUGAGCAGACAGACACAGAGAACCUCCCUCUUCACAUCAGUACGGAUGAUUCGGGAGCCGAAAAGGAGAACACGUCUGUCCUGCAGCAGAACCCCUCCUUGUCAGGGAGCCGGAACGGCGAGGAGAACAUCAUUGAUAACCCCUACUUGCGGCCUGUGAAGAAACCCAAGAUCCGCAGGAAGAAGUCCCUCUCGUGAGCUGAGAAGGAAGCCUGGCUUAUACAGGAUGUGGACACCACCCUCCUGGGCAAAUUAAAGGCACUUGAGGGAAGAAGAGAGGGUGGCUUCCUGGUGGCUGAGCUGAGGUUGCCAAGGUGUGACCGGGUGUGAUUUUAAUAGCAAACUUUACAUUAAGAUAGCCUGUUGUCACUGGAUGUUUGGGUUGAGGAAGACAAUAAUAACGAGGCUUCAUUAUCAACCAGGUGGCACUGUGGGGUGUAGGGCAGCUGGUGACUUCAUUUUUAUCACAGGACUUGAUUCCUUUAAAGCCUGGAAGACCAGGGAAGAUGGCAGGAAAGAAAGUACCCUUUGCUUCCUUUGCUUACUACCUGAAAAACCAUUUACCCAGUUUGUAUUUCAGGAUAUCUGGACCCCUUUUAAUGACUUAAAAGAAUUUGUAGUACAAAUUUGUCAUCCCAGAACCUAAUUCUUACCAGACACUUUACAUGGGCUCCAAGUGCCCUGUUGAACUGAUCGAAAGUGGCUUUGCUCUCUCCAGACAUGUUGGAAACUGGAGGCCAAUGAGCUGCUGAGUGGCUCAUGGACCACAACUUUGAUCUGGGGCUGUGGGUAGAUAGGUUAAUGUGGAGGAAAAUGACAUGCAAGGGCAACACAGAUCCUCUCAUCAGCAUGUGAUGAAAGUACCCUCAAACAGAUGAGCACUGUCUCCUCCUGAGAGACUUGUCACUCUGUGGAAUGUGUGCUUGGGAGCCACCAAGUCAUGACCCCUCCAGGGAAAAGAGGAUUUCUCUGACAAGGAGCUAGAGCCCUGGAUAGCAUGCUCUUACUUGAUAGAAGAGCCAGAU